AUGGCAGCUUCGUCUCCCCCGGCUCUGCGAUGGCGCCUUCUCAAGCGAUCGCUGCUCCGCUCGAAAUCUGAUGAGAUUGACGAGGAGGCUGCGAGGGUAUCCAGAGUCCCGUCCGGGAGCUUUGGCCUGAUCGCGAGCCGCUGCGUGGAAGAUAACGAGGAGAUCGAUGGUAUUCUGUGGGAGUACACGCUCCCGGAUGAGCGGACGACUGCAUUGCUGAUGAGGCAAUCACGCAGCGGCCAGUUUAAGCUUAGCGAUCAUUCGAGCUGUAGAGAGCUCGGCAUUGACAACACUGGUGUUAUUUGUUUGUGGCCAGCUGAAGAGAUUCUUGCUUACUAUUGCGUUUCACGACCGGAAAUGUUUAGGAACAAGAGGAUUAUAGAACUUGGUGCUGGAUAUGGAUUAGCGGGACUAGCAUUGGCAGCUUGUACCGAUCCUGCCGAAGUUUUAAUCACGGAUGGCAACCCGAAGAUAUCCAGAAAAAUUGCAGACUGAAUGCCGAGCUGUUUGGGAAGACUAAAGUCAGCUCAGAGGUUUUGUACUGGUGCAAAGAGCCAGUACCUCUGGACUCUGAAUUUGAUUUUAU